CGGGGCUCAUCAUGACUUCCCACAUCCCACAAAUGCAUCUUUCACCCACGACAUAACACCACGAUUCUUACUUAAACCGGGUAUCCCUUUCCUUUCCUUUUCUUCCCUUUUCUUUUUUGUUUAUUUUGUCAUAAGAACUGUACUUCGCCUACGAUCAAAUCCAGACGCAUCAAAUUCAAGACGAAAUCGAGCUUCAAUUUCGCUCUCUUCAUCUCUGUCUCUGGCACACUCCUUUGCCCCACGGCUUAUCUCACCGUCAAGUAAAUUUGCCCAGUUCUUCUCUUUGAUUAUAUUCGACCCGACAUUCUUCCUUGACCAGAGCCGUCACAAUGCACAUCCUCGUGACCAACGAUGAUGGCCCUCCGUCGCCUCACUCCUCUCCCUAUGUUGCUACUCUUGUCGCGGAACUGAAAAAGGCCGGUCACACGGUCUCCGUUUGCCUUCCCCAUACCCAACGUUCCUGGAUCGGAAAAGCCCAUAUUAUCGGUCAGGCAGUUCGGCCCCUCUAUUAUCGGCCCUCGGGACACCUUCACGGCGAGAAGUGUGAAGGUACUACCCACAGCCACCCCACGACUACCGCCUCGAAUGGUGACCCGGACGCCUUCGAUGCCGACGCCGAAUGGGUCCUUGUCGACGGCACCCCGGCCUCCUGUGUCCAGCUGGGGCUGCACCACCUCUUCAAACACCGCGGGCCCAUCGACCUCGUCGUUUCCGGUCCCAACUACGGCCGUAACACCACCGCCGUCUUCGCCCUCUCCAGCGGCACCCUGGGCGGCGCCCUCGAGGCCGCCGUCUGCGGCCACCGAGCCAUCGCCCUGAGCUUCGCCUUCUUCACGCGCAACCACGACCCCGUCGUCAUUGAGGGCGCUGCCCGCCACGGCGUGCGCGUCAUCGAGAAGCUCUACGCCGACUGGCCCACCGACGGCAGCCUCGAUCUCUACAGCGUCAAUGUGCCCCUCGUCGAGGGCGUCGAGAGCCACAAGACCGUCUGGGCGAAGAUGCUGCAGAACUACUGGCGCGAGGGGAGCUGCUUUGAGAAGGUCGUGGGAGGCUCUGCUACCGCCGGCGACGAGGACGCCGAGGAGGAGAGGAUACGCGAGGGCGUCGAAGGCGAGGUGCAGGGUGGUAUUGCUGCGGACGUUCAUCGUUCGAGGCACUUCAAGUGGUCACCCAAGUUUGGAGAGGUGUACAAGAGUGUGGAGGAAGCCGGUCCUGGAAACGACGGCUGGGUUGUUAAGGAGGGACAAACCAGUGUGACGCCUCUGAAGGCGAAUUUCUGGCACGCUGCUGAUCAUUUGUAUGAGAAGGAGCUAGUAUUACCUCCGAAAGUUGCUAGUGCAACGGAGAAGGGUCUUCCCGUGAGACCUGCUAAGCAUGAAGGAGCCUCGCCCAAGAAGCCUAUAUUUUACGCCCUCAUCAACUACGGAGAUGAUUACGUCCAACCCCUGAUCAUGUCGGCCAUGGAAUCUCUCUUUGCCGAAGGUACCUGGGCACCGCUCAGCCUGCCCCGUUCCUCGGAGACAGCGAACUCGGACGAGCCUGUGUCCCUUGGGGAGGUCCUCUCGGACCCAGACGCGCGAGUGUUGCAGAUCAUGCCCUACGAAGCCCUGGAUUUUGACCACGCCGCAUCGCAUCCAACCACGACGCUGAUCAAUAGCUACAUCAUCCGCAAAGCCCUCAUAAGGAAGCACUACCUCUCCGCGACAGUGGAGGCAUGGGUCGCCAAAAACCCGGGCUCGGUGCUCCAAAAGGGGGUCAAGCGGAGCGAACACUUUGAGGUCGACUACGCCGAGUUCCUGGACGACGCACUUGUAGAGGCAUUUGACCUGCGCGAGAGCCUGGACCGGAAUGAAGAGAAAGAGAGUGCGGCGGAGCGUGAAUGGUGGAUCCUCAAACCUGGCAUGAGUGAUCGUGGGCAAGGCAUCAAGUUGUUCAGCACGAUGGACGAGUUGCAGGGGAUCUUCGAUCAGUGGGAGGAAGAACGGCCUGACAGUGACGACGAGGACGGAGACGAGGAUGAAACCGGGGACAAGGACGGCGAGGAAGAUGGAGGAAGAGCAGAUGAAGGGAAAGACUAUAUCACCACGACGCAUCUUCGGCACUUUGUCGUCCAGCCGUACAUUCACCCGCCGCUGCUCCUCGCGGGUGACGGACGCAAGUUCCACCUCCGCGUCUACGUCCUUGCUGUCGGUAGCCUCAAGGUGUACGUUUACAACGACGUACUGGUCCUCUUUGCUGCGAAGCCGUACUCUCCUCCGUGGGAAUCAGGCAACGAGGACCUGGAUGUGCACCUUACGAACACCUGUCUCCAGCAAAGUAACUCUGCACCCGGCUCCAGCUCCAUCUCUGGGUCUUUACCUGCGGUCCGGCGACUUCGUGACCUUGUUUCGUCCGAGGAUUUGCCUCAACAGACGGCGGAGAGCAUCAUGGCGCAGGUCCGCACUGUUACGGGCGACCUGUUCGAGGCGGCCGCUCGGGGGAUGUCGAUCCAUUUCCAGCCGCUGGAGAAUGCGUUCGAGGCUUUCGGACUCGAUUUCCUUGUCGACGCCGCGGGCACAGCGUGGCUGCUGGAGGUCAACGCUUUCCCGGACUUCCGGCAAACGGGGACCGGGAAGGCGGGGGUGGUGGUGGAAGGGUUCUGGAGGCAGACGGUGCGGAUAGCUGUUGGGGGAUUCUUCAAGGUGGGGACCAGCAGUCAAGGUCAAUGUACGCAAGACCGUGAGACUGAGACUUUGCUCGCGGACGAUCCGUCACAAUGGACCGGCGACGGACGGUUGGUUCUCGUGCGGGAUGUCGAGCUCGGGAGGCGGUGAGGAUGGCGGUGAAAUGUGCCGCCGGUGAAGUGGUUGUUGGUUCUUGUUGUUGUCGGUGAAGGUCAGC